GCUGAACUCAAUCUAGUGCUGUGUCUUGCUCGUGGCGGGUAGUCCGAAGUUUGUGGUAACGUCUUGUGCUCGUAGUUGUAUGGUGGAAUUUUAGAGGAGAGCAUGUCUUGCAAGCCUAAUACGUGCAAUAAACAGGAUGAUAAAUCAGUUGUUAAAGAACAUCAGAAUGCAUCAGAAAAAAGCGUCCAAGUUAACCUGUCAUAUGAUAAGCGCCAUUCAUUUGGCAACCUUCGUUUUGCUCCACCUUUACGGCAAAACUUUCCUAGAGCUACUAAUGGCCUUCCAGAGAAAUGUAGUAGCGGGUCACUACACAGGUUGAAGCCAAUCUUAAAACAGGGUCGAAGCCUGCAGUCUGUAAUUAAAGAGGUUCCGCUUUUAUAUUUUCAUGGAAAAUAUUUGAUUUGUGGAAGUUUGAGAAUAAAAAAACACAACAUGCAAAAUUCAAUUGAGCCAAUGUAUACACCAACAAGGAAGCAGAGUAGUGGAGACUUGCAGAGUCGUCUCAAAACACGCAAACUUCUUGGUGUUGGCGAGAGCGAGGAUGGUUCUGUACCUAUGUCAAAGAUCAGUCAAAUUCUAGGUAACGAUGAUCACUUCCUUCUGGCCUUUCCAGCAGGCCUCAGACUUUGGCAGGUGACAACGUCAUUUGUGUUUACGGCAGUAGCACUUAUGGCCAUUAUCUUCCCAUCGAAGCUGAUUCUUUAUUCAAAUAUUCCAGAGUGCAGUGCAGAAAAUAAUUACCCAAUCAUGUUCUUUGGAGCAUCAUUAGCAUGUCUUGCUGUGCUGUUCUGGAGUGCUGUAUAUUCACCCAGUAGGCAUGUGAUAAGAUGGACACUUGUUGCUCAAAUCCUCUACUUUGCUCUCCAGACAAUAGUGUUCAUUUCGAUGAUUUGGGAGAUAAAUACAUUUUCAUUUUUGAAUGUUGUAAUUGUGGUAUUUCAUGUUCUGUUAACCACAAUUUCAUUGCUGUACUACCUGAGAAUUAUUGGUUAUAGAUUCUCAACAGGCAGAAGAAUACCAUAUGAAAACUGUGACAAAGCAGAUUAGGACACUUCGACUACAUCAUGUUUCUUCUUCUUGCAUAUGGCUGUCGAUUCGAUGACAUUCGUAGAAACAGGGUGGACCGCGUACAGGUUGUCAUCUCUCACCCCUAUGUCAUGUUCAUCAAUGCAUACGGAUGUGCAGAUAUAUACUUGAUGCUUUUAUCUAUUUUUAUGAGAUUUAUGAAGUAGAACUGACUAAUAUUUAUGCAAAUCAACUCCAGCAUAACCCUCUAACACCUAUAAGGCUUUGUUUGUUUGGAUAUCUAUCACUUUAUAUGUUUCAACACAGUGCAUUUUUUUAUGUUAAGGCAAGACUUCGUUUAUAACAUGUUUUGUGAACCUGACACCCACCGAUAAUUAUCGUGUCAUAUAAAAAUAGUGUUUCAUGCGGCCUUUUAGAACACCCACCCCAUGAAAUUUAUGUUAUAAGUAAUACUUAUCCCACCUUUGGCUGCCAUAUCUACCAAUAAAACUUUUUUCCCCUCAAAAUUAAAUAAGUAUAAACCAUUGUUAUCAGUCCAGUUACUAAACAGUGUAUAUAGCCACAUUCUUUUACAAUGACAAUGCAAUGAGUUCAUGAGCAAAGGACUGAUUACUUAUUACCUCGUACAUUCACUUUUUUUUAAAUUUGUCAAUGAAAUUGAAUUUUCUUCUCUGUCUAGUUGCUUUUAGUAGAAUUAUUUUGUAUUAUAUAUGAAAUAAUUUUUGUUUUCACUCUCCUUUGAAAAUCUUUGGGAAAAAAUAUAAUGUUCACUAAAAUAACGAAUAAAAAAAGUCUUGCCUAAUCUACUGUAAGAUUUUCUGUAAAUUAUUGUAAACGUGAUAUAGAAAAUACAUUAUACAACCCAUGCUUUAUUUAUAAGCUAACAUGAGGAGUGUUAAUAAUUACGUUGUUGUUGUGAAAUAGGCCUACAUUCCUGUAAUUAACUUUUUAGCUGUGUAUAAUACCUAUUUGUUCCACUUGAACGGACAAAAGGUAUAAUAUGCAUCAUUGAUUUGUCAUUAAUUUAGGGAAUGAUAGUUAUUUAGAAGAGAAUGCGUUUAUUGUGAUGUGGAAUGCGUUUUUAAUGUCCCUAGAAUCUGUCACCAUGUAAAAAGUACUUAGAUUUUUUCAAGAUGUACUCUUAAGCACUGCCAUAUGCAUUAUGCUUUUGUGACUCUUUAACUGAAACCAUAGCAUUGUGCUUGUGUGUACUUAAAGAUAUUUUCAUCUGUAUGGUACUAUUACUCUCACAUGAGCAUAUUUGUCUGUUAACAUCCAUAUGAGCAUUGUGCUGGUGUAUGUACUAACUUAGCCAUACUAUGGACAUCUGUGCUUGUGUGGACUAAAACUACUACUGUACAUAUUAGCCACAUAUGAUCAUCUCUGUUCUUGUGUGUGCUGAAUUGUUCUUGGUUAUGCUGUCCUGUUAACUGCCAUAUGAGCAUUUUGCAUAUGUGUCUAUGAGCACAUGCAUGUUUUGUUAACUGCCAUAUGUGCAGUGCUGCAUUAUGCUUAUUUGUAUUGUUAUCUUCUCUAGGCAUUAUAAUAUAAGCUUUGUGCUUGUAUGUGCUAUUAACUUACAUGAGCAUUGUGCUCGUAUGUUUCAGUUAACUGUUGUAACUGAGAAUUAUGCAUAUUGUAUGCUGGUAAUUGCCAUAUAAGCAUUGUAUUACUAAAGAAGCGCCUUCAUUUAUUCACUAAUCUAACGUUCCAGCACUUUGCAUUCUCUGUAGCAGUAAGAGGGUGCUAUAGAUAUCACUGUUAAUAAGACUAGAUAAAGCAUUGUUUGUGUGGUGAAAUUAUAAGAUUUUUAUAUAGUAAUGCUAUAUAAGGAGCUGUUUAUCUAUUUUUUUGAAUUAAAUUAUGAAUUACAUGAAUUAGGCCUAAAACAUCAACAUAUCUUGUUAAGUAAAUUGUUUAUUUGACAUUAACACCAAUUGAAAGCAUGCUAUUUUAUUUACAUAUCUGGAAUGAUAAUGUCAAUUUUGUAAAAUUUUGCAUUAGUAUUAUUUUCUACAUUUAAAAAAAUAUAUAUAUUUAGUUAAUUAUUAAUUUAGUUAAUUUGUUUAUUAGUAUAUCAUUUCUUAAACAUAGGGAGGUGUUUUACUCAAUAAUUCACUCCUCCCUGGUUUAACGCAUUUAAAAUAACAAAUAUCUUGUAUUAAAUAUGGAGUUUUGAGCGAAUAAAUAGUUAUUACAUUACAUAACACAUUAAACGCAACCUAGAGAUACUCUAGAUAUGGGUGUAUGUUGCCGCCAGUUUGUGUUUUCUUGUAAGCUUUUGUAUUAUACUGUAAAUUUAAUAUACUGGUAUCCAUUCAGGCGGUAGUGUGGAACAAUCUUGACCACAUUAUUUGAAAUUAUGAAGGGAUUUUUUUGUAGAAGGAAUUGUUUCUUAGAAAAGUUCGCUGUUUGGCAUAUCCUUGGUCCUUGUGCCUGAAGUUUGAAUUUUGAAAAAUCAAUAUUAUAUUUUGUUUAUAGAAAGAAGACCAAAUAUAUUGCUUAAAUAUGCUAGCAAUGGCUGACAGUUUUUGCUAUGUAGAAGUACCAAAUUUAGCUUAUACAGCUUUGAAAAUAAGAGAAUAUUUUAUGACUUCUGUGUAUUGUCAAGCAGGUAUAUCUUGUUAUGUAUAGAAGAAUAUUUUUAAAAUAAUAUCUAGGUAGAUAUUUUGCUUUAGAAUUUGAUAAGUCAUCCCGCUAUUUGAGUGUUAUAUUGACGUGUGUUUGAAUAUUUCUAAAAAUCAAUUGCAAUUGAUGAAAGCAAGUCCACUCAAUCCAAUAAACAUGUUUGAUUUAGUGCCAGUGGUGAGUGUAUUUUGUUUUUAUUACAUGCAAGGCAAUACAAAAAAUAAGUAAAACAGAGAAAGUAAUAUUCAAUUUGAAUUUUGUAAAGUAUUAGUAGAAUAAACAUUUCCUGGACUAAUUCUAGUUAGUUCAUAAGAUUAGAUUAUCUGUACUCUAACAAUGGCCUUUAAAAAUUGUAUGAGGUAAUAUACCAUGAGAUUUACAUCAAUUACAAAAAAAUAUAUAUCUAUAUAAUAUGGUUUCAUGAGACUUAUAUUAUUGAGAAAUGUUUCAUGAGAUCUAUAUCCAUGAAUAUUUAUUUUUAAUAAGAAUUAUUAUUAUGUCUGUUUUAAUGAGAUCUUUAUUCAUGAGAUUUAUUUUCAUUACAUAAUUGAUAAGAUAUAUCUGUCCAUGAGAUCGUUUUCCUGAUCUAUUUCAUUAGAUAUUUUCAUGAGAUCUAUUUGCAGGAAAUAUAUUUCCAUGAGAUUUUUCAUAUAAGAAUUAUUGAAUCCUCAUCAUUUUUACACAUAUUGAAUCAAACAGUAAAAUAUAUUCAAGAUGAAAUAGGCCUGUUCUUUGGAUUGUACAUUCAUCUUAGAUUUGUUGUAUUUUUCUCUCAACAUUUACUGUUAUCAUUCGUUGUGUAUUAUUAAUAAAUGUUUCAGUCUGUUGCAUA